AUGGGUGCACCGACCACUGAUGACAAGAACACGACUGUCGCCUCCACAGAGGCGAUUGCAUCGAUGACAGCAGAUCCCACUCUAGGCGAUCCAGAGAAGCAUGCCAAUGAUAUCACCGCUUCCUCUUCCACCGAGAGCAAUGACAAUGAGUAUCCAGCGCCGACGGAGGAGGAGGAGAAGUCCCUGCGUAAAGUCGCCGGUAGUCUGCCCCUCGUAGCUUUCUCGCUCUGUUUCGUCGAGUUUGCCGAACGUGCAUCCUACUAUGGCGCCAAAACAGUCUUCUCCAACUUCAUCCAAUUUCCCCUGCCUGAGGGUGGAAAUGGAGCAGGUGCGCCUCCGCGCGGCACUCAAAAAACGGCUGGGGCUCUGGGAAUGGGCCUCCAGGCUAGUUCAGGACUGGUAUUGCUCUUUGCAUUUUUGGCCUAUUUCAUUCCUAUCCUGGGUGGCUGGUGGGCCGAUGUAUACGUUGGACGAUACAAAGCAAUCUGCGUCGGGGUGCUUAUCUGUGGUGUAUCCCAUAUUAUCCAAAUCAUUGGCGCUCUGCCCGUCGUGCUGCACAAAGGCACUGCCCAUUCCGCACCCCCAUUCAUCAUCAGCCUGCUAUUGCUGGCACUUGGAGCGGGGAUAUUUAAACCUAACAUUGCUCCCGUGGUCCUCGACCAAAAUCGUCACCAGAAAGCCUACACUAAGGUCUUGAAAUCCGGUGAGAAGGUCAUCGUGGAUCCCGAGCUGACUAGCACACGGACGAUGUUGCUAUUUUAUGGCUUCGUCAACAUCGGUGCCUUUUUCAUGCUUGCUACGACUUACUCCGAAAAAUACGUCGGUUUCUGGCUCUCCUUCCUACUGGCAGGCAUCAUAUACUUUCUUCUUCCCAUUCUUCUGGCUCUAGCCUACAAGAAAACCCACAGAAUGCCGCCCAGCGGAAACUCCGACCUAGGCAAGGCAGUCAGGGUCAUUUCCACAGCCCUUCGACGCAACAAGUUCCAAGUCUGGCGCAAGAAUUUCUUCGAUGCCGCCAAACCCAGCGUUCUCGCAGCCCAUGGUAUCCAAGUCAAUUGGACUGAUAAGCUAGUGGAUGACGUUCGCAGAACCCUCACUGCCACCGAGAUCUUCUUCUACUUCCCCAUUUGGGUAUUAAACGACGGCGGAAUCGGCUCUGUAUCUACAAACCAAGGAGCGUCUAUGGUAACGAACGGAGUCCCAAAUGACGUCCUCAACAACUUCAACGCCCUCACCAUCAUCGUCGCCAUCCCCCUACUCACCUACGUCAUCUACCCGACCAUCACCCGCUACGGGAUCAAAUUCGGCCGUAUCAGCCGCAUCACAGCGGGAUUCAUACUCGCCAUGAUCUCCAGCAUCAUAUCCACCAUCGUGCAGUGGCGAGUCUACGAGACCUCGCCAUGUGGAUACUACUCUUCCACCUGCGAUGAUGUCAGUCCGAUCAGUCUGUGGUGGCAGAUCCCCAAUUCCGUUCUGGGCGCGCUCUCGGAAUGUUUCUGCAACGUUACCGCGUAUGAGUUGGCGUAUGCGCGCUCUCCGCCGAGUAUGCGCGGUCUCAUUAUGGCGAUUUUCCUCUUUAUGAAUGCAUUGUCUAGUGCCCUUGGGGAGAUAUUGAUUCCUGUUACCAAGGAUCCGUGGUUGCUUUGGAUAUGGGCUGCGCCGGCAGUAGCGCUCGCCGUGCAGACGAUUUUGUUCUGGUUCCGGUUUAAACAUCUUAAUGAUGAUGAGUAUAUGAUUGAUGAGAAGGAUUAUGAGCCUCAUCGUGGCCAGGAGAGUUCGGAGAAGAAGGAAUCAUUGUGA